UAUAUCAUAACUUUAUUUAGCUCCACCAGUGGCAUUCAUAUCCUUCUGUGCCCGACAAGAAGGGGCAGAUAAUGUGAGCAGAUUUUCCAUCAUGGCUGCCGUAAACUUUGAAGAGUUUUCCGUCCCACCUGGUUCUGAGCUCGCGCUUCCACCUCUGUUCGGCGGGAACAUUUUAGAGAGUGAAUUAGAAACAGAGGUUGAGUUUGUAGACGGUGGCUUGAGUGGCGAUAACAUACAAGACGAGGAGGAAGAGGAGGCUCAGCAGCGCAUGAGAGAACUUAACAAGAGAAAGUUCCUUGCCUUGAAUCGCCGCUGCAAAGAAAUUGAACAGGUCAAUGAGAGAAUACUUAAUAGACUUCACCAAGUUCAGAAGAUAACACGAAGACUGAAACAAGAGAGGAGAUGUCUGAUGAAAGUCUUGGACUCUUAUGGAGAUGAUUACAGAACGAGCCACCUAACCUUCUUACUUGAGGAAGAAGGCACCCAAGCCUGCAAUACACCUACCCCAGCCAACUCUGAAAAUGAACCCCCAGAAAACGAGGAUUUAUCAAGGUGUCUUACAGGACCUCCCCUUGGCUUAGAGGCCACUAGUCCGGAAAGCUCAUCUCAUGUAGAAGGACCACCAGCUAAAAAGAGAAGAAAGUUCAAAGAGGAGAAAGAACAUAAAAAGAUAAGCCCACCUCUUCUUCCGUCAGAGCCACUGCUAGCACAGGUUAAGAUAGAAGAGGACUAUUUAUGUGAUGGAGACGAGGAGCUUAAUCUUAGCUGGCGUCCUCUCAGCCCACGAGACAAGAUACUGCAGUACACAAAGUUCUCCAGCCCUGGACCUUGCCCAGAUUUUGACUGAAACAGAAAUGUGAUGUUGUAUCCUCCAUUAGACAAUUCUCAUUCAGUCUGUCAGGGUUUGGUGAAAUUCUGAAUGUAGAGACUUGCAAUGAUAUUUUCUGAAAUAACGUUGAUUUCUGGGAAUAUUAGUAGUCAGCUUCUCAGCACCCGGACUAUACGGUAGAGACAGCAGCUGAGAGAAGCCCCCACAACGCCAUUGUGAUGUCCAUGGUUCCUGAUCUAGUAAGAGGUCUCUUGCUGACGCUCAACUUCUCGCUGCUUUGUCUGUGACAUUUCACCUCCAUCGUACAGGGAGGUAACCCAUUAUUUGGACCCUUCCUCAGACCAGCAUUUCAAUGCUUUGAGAUGACAGUGUAUUUCAAGUUUUCUACUUUUAUAUGUGGUUUUGCUUGAAAUAUUAUGUUAAUGUUACUGUGCAGUAAAUAUAGGAUA